CAGCUGUGUUUACAUCAGAUUUUAUCAGCUGCAGAAGUUUAAACUAGUCCAGAAAGGCAUCACCAAAGACGUCACAAGAAGGGACAGUGCAGAUGCUACUUUUUGAAGAUGUUUCUUCAGUGUCUACUUGUUUUCAGGCUGCUGAGACUGAUUUAAGAGUGGAUGUGUGGAUGUGUAACAGAGACAUAAUUAAUCCAUGUAAUGGCCUGCAUUUUACAGGCAACAUGAAUUUGGAGGAGUACUUCCAAAGAAUUGGUUUCCAUGGCUCUUAUGAUAAAGUGGAUCUUGCUACACUGAAGUUGAUCCACAAACUGCACGUCAUGUCGAUUCCUUUUGAAAACCUCAGCAUUCAGUGUGGUGAAAAAAUCAUCAUGGACCUUGAGGUGAUUUUCAACAAGCUAGUGAGGAGCAGCCGUGGAGGCUGGUGUCUGGAAAACAACUUCCUGUUUGGAUGGGUGCUGAGAGAAAUGGGCUUCAACACCACAACCUUAGGAUCCAGAGUUUUCAACAGUAUUCUGAAUGGCUUUGGUACUACGGAGGAUCAUCUCAUUAACAUGGUUUUGAUUGAUGAGAAGGCUUAUAUAGCAGAUGUAAGCUUUGGGGUGUCAUCCCAAAUAUGGGAGCCACUGGAGCUGAUGUCUGGAAAGGACCAACCACAGGCAGCGGGGGUCUUUCGUCUCAUUGACAAGGGGGACAUGUGGGUGCUGGAGAAGACUGGCAGAAAACCAGACGUUGUUAAUGCUUCAUUUACCAAGUCAAGUCUGGUGAGCAGGAAGGAGAUAAAACAGAUCUACUGCUUUACACUGGAGCCCCGUGAGGCUCAAGAUUUCUUUGAGAGAAAUCACAUACUUCAAACAGAUCCAACCUCUCUGUUCACUAACAAGUCCAUCUGCUCUUUGCAAACACCAACAGGAUUCAAAGCUCUGGUUGGCUGGACCUACAGUGAGGUCGCCUACAAACCUGAGGAAGGUAUUGAUGUGUUGGACAUGAGGGACAUACCUGAUGAUGAGAUAGAGCAAAUUCUGAGGGAAAACUUCAACGUGAAGCUGCAGAGCAAACUAAAGCCUGUGAACAAGAAAGCAGAUUACACACUCUGAAAAGUUCUCACUGAGCGAUCACACACAAAAAACAACUAUUUUACUGAUUGCUUUCCUGUUCGCAAUCUGUAUGAAAUUUCCUAUUUUUAUAUGUAUGAUGGGCAGAUGCAUAUUUGGUGGAAAAAUGAACCAAAGAUCAGGUUGUAUUGAUAAUGUAACAAGCUAGCUACCUAAAAUUUCUAAUGCUUUUAAAAAGUCUCAUUUGUAUUUUGUCUAUUCAAUCAUAUUUCUGUUUGAAUGUUAACUUUUUUAUUUACACAGCUGAUGUGCAAACAAGACAGUAGUUAUAAAUGAAUGCAUCUAAGUUUGUGUAAUACGUGAAUACUCCAUUUCGCCUCCGGCCUGCUCCGGACAGAAGGUCAGGUCUUGGUCAUAUAAACUCAAUUCUAGAUCAACAAGUGUUGCAUAAAACAGCCAAAACUGGUGUUUACCUGAUUCUUUCUUUUGUCUGAUUUUGAGCCUUAACAUAAUAAACAUACUUUGCAAAUGGCUCACUAUGUGGAUCUUUAGUUAUGACCAAUUACUCACUUUACAAGAAGUAUUUACUACAUAUUUUUCUUUAGGAUUGCAUGGUUGUGUUUUGAUUAGCACCGUUGCCUUACAGUAAUAAAG